AUGUUCAUCCAGUUUGGGCAUAUCGAUAGGCAACUGUUCUUUGGUACAUCUUGCAACAAAUCAGUAGUUACACAUUAUGGGGGAUCUCAUCUUCGGCGAGCGCAGCUGCGGCAUCAUCACCUGAGCGGCCUGCUGGAGUUGUUCAAAGAGCAUGUUAAAUGUCCCAUUUCACUGCUGGAUGCAAAUGAUAUUCGUGUAUCUGUGCAGUUCGAUUAUAAUGUGAAGAGCUUUACUCUAGGAGAAGCGUUUGUCACGGUAACAGCUCAUGCGCAAUAA